AUGGCUGUGCACUGUCUACUGAUGCAAGGCGAUGACUCCAACGAAGAUACCAAGAACUACAAAACCAAUGCGAGUCAAAGCGAGGGCAGCUUUAUCGUGUUUCUCUUCUCGGUCAUUGUAUUCGACGACAAACACGAUUAG